CCUUCAGCAGUCCUUCUCAGCCGCUCCCGCCGCGCCUCCAGGCCCUCCCUUGGGACCUGCACACCUGCACAUUCCAGGUGCCUGCACCCCAGCAGCAGCCAUGAUGGCCAGCGCGUCAACCCUUGUGCUUCCCCCGGCCGGCGUCCGCGCGCUGGCACGGCCGGUGACGCGGCGCCCGGCGGUGGCGGUGCGGGCGGCGUCCACCCGCCUGCCCCCGCCCGGGUCCCAGCCCGCGCCCAAGAGCAAGGACAUGCCCGGCAGCGUGGGCGACAUCAUCUCCAUUGCCACCACCUUGGGCCUCACCGGCGCCUCCAUCGGCACCUACAUGGACGGCAUCCACAGCCGUGUGCAAGUGCUGGUGUAUGACAAGCUGCCGCUGGUGCACGGUGGCCUGCACACGUCGGCCGUGGUGCCGCCGCUGCUGGCAGCCUACUACAUGGUGCUGGGCGGCCUGGUCUACAAGGCCGACAGCUGGCUGCUGGAGGCGGGCGACCAGGCCACUGAGGACGCCUACCGGCGGUGCAGCCUGGGCACGAUGUGCCUGUCUUUUGGCUCCGUGGCGGCGGUGCUGGCGCUGUCCAGCGUGCUGUAUGACAACAACGUGCCCGCCGACCAAAUCUCGUGGGCGCUGGCCGGCUGCGCGGCGGUCAACUACCUCAUCUUUGAUGGCACCAAGCAGGGGCUGGCGCUGGCGCUGCUGUGCGCGCUGGCCUGCCCCGCGGCUGAGCUGAUGCUGAUGCACAUCCUGCAGCUGUGGCACUACCCGGGCGCCACGUUGUUCACCGAGAUCCCGCACUCCGGCAUCCCCAGCUGGGUGCCCUGGUGCUAUUUUGUCUACACCUCGGCCGUGGCCCAGCUGACGCGCUACCUGAAGAAGACCGAGUGAGGCGGCCCUGGCCGGCAGCCUCCACAACCGAGCCUCCACCAAGCACCAGGCCUCUACUCGCGCCCUGCGAUACUGCGCCGGCCGCCAGUUCCUCCCGCAGCAGUGGUGCUCAUGAGCUGCACUGCAAACGCACUGCAAAAUCCACACGCUUUCCAUCCAAAACUGUUGUACCCUGUGUUUCACUAGACGCUUCUAUCAUGUCUCCGCAUUGCCAUAGCUGUUUUUUCAACCUCCCAUCGUGCACUUGACCUGCGCCUGCGCAUGGCCCUCGAUAGCUGCACCCCAGCUGCAACCCCUGUGGUGACCACGCUCCACUUUUUCAACUCAAUUUUGUAAUUUUGCCCACUAGCGCAGGCAAACAUCGUUGAGAAGUGCCUUCAGUCUAACCUAGGGGAAAU